CUGCCUUUCACUCGAAAUUUUCGUCUUCCUCUUCUCAGCACCUCGAGAUAACUUCAUAGUCCUUGAGUGUGACUAUCAAAGCAGUUCCGGCUAUUACACAUUUCAAACGCGCGUCUCACUUGUCACAUAUAUCAUAUGAGAUAUUUUUACUCCAGAACAGAAACAGUCAAUGAAAGAAUGAGAUAUCAAGGACAUCACUCAAAACUACCCUGAACCUCUUCGACAACAUCACGUCUGAUGGACAACGAUAAGCUCAGGCACGGAUAGUGCAAGCGAGAUGAGCCUCACCGCGAUCUUCGUCAACUCUUACCCUACAAUGAACAUCUCGAUCUAGCUAUCGACGCCAUGUUGCUCUCCUUCCUAACUACGUAAGUGAAAAGAAACCCACUAGAAGCCGCAAGGAAGUGAGCGAAGCGCUUGACAUGGAACAAGUUUUGGAACAUCUCUACUUGGUUCAACGCGUCACUUGGAGAUCUGCGGUUAGCCGCCGAUGAUGGAACUCAAGAUAACACCAAGAUGCUGAAAAUAGACCGAAAUCGGCAGGAUUUACACAUUUCGAGCAUAUUGCAUGAUCACGACAGCUUCUCGAAGGCAUUGAUGCUACACGUGGGGGAUGUGCUGGUAUGGCACGGUUGCGCCACUCCGGGGUUGUAGAUAUCACAUAGACGGUAUCGGGGACCGGGCGUUGUGUCACAUCACGAUGGCCUCUAUCCCCUGAUAUCUCGAUGGUCAAAUGAUAGGAUAAGAAAGGACUAGCGACGCGAGGCAGAGUAGCAUUGGCCAUGUGUUGGUGCCUGUGCCUCCAUCUGGCUUCAUCCCUUCUGGGGUAGGGAUGACGAGUGCCGGCAUCCUCUAUCCAUCCGUCGCAUCGCAUUUCUUGCCACGCAUGCCAGCAAAAACAUCGAGACCACCAUCUGUGGAUGGGGAUUGUGCAUCGUGCAUGGGGAAGUGGACCAAACUGCAUCAAGAUAAGCAAGACUCGCAGCGGUAUCUUGACAAAUUACUAGCCUCACUUUGCUACGGACCAACCGAGCUAAAGAUGGUGUGAGGCAUUGGGAGAGGGCGAGAUAAGUCUUGGAGGCCCAACUAACGUACGUUAGUGUGAAUCUGUCUGUCUGUUUUCCUUCGCAUCUGAAGCAGUGACCAACCCCUUGUCUUGGUUCGAUACCGAUUGAGGUUGGCCGAGUGCAAAUUGUGCAUGAAGCUAGGCCCGAAGCAAUGCUAGGGUUACGCGUUAUCUCUGCGUGCGGAGAAUCAAGAGCCAGCUACAAUGAUCUCCAUGAGCCAUGGGUACCGAGUUGCAGUGCGGGGGAGAGCCCAAAAUAUGGAGAUAAGGCUUUUCCUAUUACGGGAUUUGGCUUGCAACUCGUACAUGAAGGGAUGGGAAGGCUGGACAUAGGCGUGGAUAACCUCAUGGUGAGGUGAGGUGAGGGUAGACCAGCUGAUUGUGGGAUAAGAGGAUGCUUGGAAUGGAAUGGGAUGGUUUGGUCUGGUGAUUUGUGAACAAAGGCCACCACAAUGGUGGAGGAGGACGAGAGAAGGGAGGCUAGACACCCACCCAGUUGGUCAAUGCAGAGACAUGAAGACAUCCAUAAACAUGGUUCUCAGUAUUGUUCAUCUCGUCAAGCUGAAAACCAUCCAUCGUACGAUCUUCAUCUUUCAGCGUGAAGUUAUCACGACUUCACGAUAAUCUCCAAAAAUGACUUCAAGAUAGCGAGUCUCACGUGAUCGGGUUUCUCUCUACCCCAUAACCGGACUCCGGCUCUCAGCUCCGGAAUUCCAGAUCUGACCCGGAAAAUGACUUUUGGUGAGAGACGUCCGGAAUACGGUGGUCACCGAGACCGGCACUGUCUCUAAGGCGGGGUGAUAAAAGGCCCAGUGGACGAGGUGAAAUACACGAUCAAUUCACUUGGUGGUUAUACAUCAUCUCUCUAUUACUGUUACAGGCCAAUUGACAGACCAAUUCUCACCAUACCUGUCUGCCAAUAGCGUUGCACCGAAUACAAUGGCCUCUUCAUCAUACCUCAUCGUGGGAGCCGGUGUCUUUGGCGUCUCCACCGCCUACCAGCUCAUCCAGAAGUACCCCAAUGCCUCUGUCACAAUUGUCGACAGAGAUCCUUACGACGGUGACAACCGUGUAGCUGCAUCUUGGGAUUGGAACAAGGUCGUUCGCGCAGACUACGAUGAUCUCCUCUACUGCCGCCUCGCUCUUGAGGCGCAAGAUAUCUUCGAGUCCGAUCCUCUCUGGAUGCCUCACUUUCACAAGGCUGGUGUUUUCUGGGUGUGUCGCAGCGACUACGCUCAAGAUGUCAUCAACAACUACAAGAAGCUCGGCCGUGCUUCGGACAUCCAAGUCUACACCAUCGAGGAGGCUAAGAAGCUGUAUGGCGGUCUCUACGAGGAGGCUGACUACACUGGUGCCAAGGAGGUCCUUGUCAACAGAAACAGUGGCUGGGGAGCUGCAGGUGACUCUCUGCGCGCUGUGACGCGCGAGGCUAUGAAGCUGGGCGUCAAGUACAUCGUUGCAGAUGUGGCUACUGUGCAGAUUGAGAACGGCCGUGCCACAGGCAUCCAGACGGCCAAGGGCGAGAUCAUCUCGGCCGACACAGUUAUCCUGUCUACCGGAGCAUACACAGCCAAGCUUCUGGAAUACAGCGCUGCACGCCACAACCUGCCUGAUCUCCGAUCUGGUGAUCGCAUCACAGCUGCUGGUAUCACUACCGGCAUGGUCACGCUUGAUGACCAAUCAUUCGCCAAGAUGAAGGACAUGCCCGUCGGCUUCCAAGGAUAUACUUACAGACACAACUCUCCCUUCAUUGGCAGUCUGCCACCUACCAAGGAUCGCGAGAUCAAGUGGUGGGGUCGCAACAUCUUCAGCAACCACCGCGCAGUCCUCCCUGGCCGCGUCGUCUCCGCACCACCAGACGAGAAGGACUACGCUCAAUGGAAGGUCCCCAACUCUCUGAAGGAAGACAUCGACAACGCCAACCGUCUGUUCUUCGGAAGCAAGGGUGCGCACUGGAAGUACGAGAAGCAUCGCAUCUGCUGGGACGCAUUCACAUCUAGUGGAGAUUUCAUCAUCUCCCCGCACGCAGGUGCCAAGGGUCUGUACGUCGCGACAUGCGGCUCGUUCCACGGAUACAAGUUCUUCCCUGUGCUGGGCAAGUACGUGGUGCAGAUGCUCGAGGACAAGCUCGAGCCUGAGCUCAAGGAGAAGUGGGCUUGGGACAGGGAGCGGCCCGAUGCAGCUCUCAACUGCGAGUUCCCCAACUCGGAGAUGAGGGACUUAUUGGAUCCCGCUGCUAGACUGUAGAAGGAACCAAGGUAGCAAUACAUAAUAGAAGCAUGUAAAGAAGGAUGGAUGGAAGCUCAGAUCAGGGAAUAAACAGAAAGAGAGGGUAACAUCCUCUGAGGGGAAUAACUGCGGGGGAGACGAGCCAGGGAUUAAGGGCGACAUGAUUGGGCGUUGGACGGCAUAGUUACGAGCAUAAUGAACGAAUUGAGAUUCUUGUUACUACCAUGACAUGAUCCAAGUCAUCCGUGAUCGCCUCUGCCAAGCAGAAAUGUCCUAAGCCAAG